AAGUCGCGAUAAAAAUCUCCGCGCCAUACGUGAUCACGCAUUUUCUACAUUCACAGGUGAAACGUCAGAGAAAGAGAAACAGUAUAACGCAAGAAGAGGUGGAUUCGAAUCUUAAAACGAGUCUCUAAAAAGCAGAGGCGCAUUUCUCUUACGCCUUUAUUCGCGACAGUACAUCGUUGGAUUGACAAGUGCUACAUAUAUCGCCAUUCGUUUGACUGCUACCUGCGCGCCCACCGCCCCGAAAGUUUAUUGCCAUAUAGCGUACGAUGGAAGCGAGCGGUGAUCAUCACUCGCUAUUUACGCCGGGUUUACGUCCUGAUUGCAGUAGUCGUCACCUCGAACGAGUCAACGAUUCGUAAAAUGGGUGCCAAUAUAUCUCAGUUAGAGAGGGACAUUGGCUCUGACCAAUUUCCUCCAAAUGAACAUUAUUUUGGAUUAGUUAAUUUUGGUAAUACAUGUUAUAGCAAUUCAGUUUUGCAAGCCUUGUACUUUUGUCGGCCUUUUAGAGAAAGAGUUUUAGAAUACAAGGCAAGGAACAAACGUACCAAAGAAACUCUUCUGACAUGUCUGGCAGAUUUGUUUCACAGUAUAGCUACACAGAAGAAAAAAGUUGGCUCAAUUGCUCCAAAAAAAUUCAUAGCUCGACUAAGAAAAGAAAAAGAGGAGUUCGACAAUUACAUGCAGCAGGAUGCUCAUGAAUUUCUCAAUUUUCUUAUCAAUCACAUCAAUGAAAUUAUCCUAGCUGAGAGAAAUCAGAGUAAGCCAGCAGGUGGAAAAGGAGCAAAUGAUUCUGGAACCCCACCAGAACCUACAUGGGUGCAUGAAAUUUUUCAAGGUAUUUUGACUUCAGAGACUCGCUGCCUUAAUUGUGAGACUGUAUCUAGCAAGGAUGAAGAUUUUUUUGAUCUUCAAGUUGAUGUCGAUCAAAAUACUUCUAUUACCCACUGUCUCAAAUGCUUUUCCAACACUGAAACACUCUGCAGUGAUAAUAAAUUCAAAUGCGAUCACUGUAGCAGCUACCAAGAAGCACAGAAAAGAAUGAUGUUGAAAAAACUACCAAUGAUUCUGGCUUUACAUUUGAAAAGAUUCAAGUAUGUUGAACAAUAUAAUAGGCACAUUAAAGUUUCACACAGGGUAGUUUUUCCAUUAGAACUUCGACUCUUCAAUACAAGUGAUGAUGCCGUAAAUCCAGACCGAUUGUAUGAUUUAGUGGCUGUAGUAAUUCAUUGCGGCAGUGGACCUAAUAGAGGACACUACAUUUCAAUUGUCAAAAGCCAUGGAUUUUGGUUACUCUUUGACGACGACAUGGUUGACAAAAUCGAUUCAUCUGCAAUAGAAGAUUUUUAUGGAUUGACGUCAGAUAUCCAGAAAAAUUCCGAAACUGGGUACAUUUUAUUUUACCAAUCAAGAGACUGCAGUUAAAAAUAAUUUCUAUGGAGAGAUUUUUAUUCUAAUGUCUAUAAACGCUCUGCUUUCGUCGAUUAUCUAUGGCUUUACAAUCACAAAACAAUGCAAUGUAAAUUAGCCAAGACGUUAAAAUAAGCAGUUAAAUAUUGUGCGAAACUCUUAUCUCUGUUAGAUUUUUUAUCAAUACCGGAUGGUAUUUAGUUAAUUUUUGUGCAAGAUGCAAAAGUUUCUGUGAUAAUCUUCUGGAUUUACGUACAUGAGUUGAAGAUAAGCAGAAACUUUGAUCUCGCUCUUUAACUAAUUCAUAGUCAAAGGACGACAUUAUUACUAUGGAGAAUUUCAAUGAAUUGCACGUUUAGCGAUGCUUCUAAAGUUUAUCAUUCUUUAACAAUGAACUAGUAUAUGCUGUAAAUUUACGAGUUUGUACAAUGAACUGAGAAUUUUAUAUUGGCUUCAAGUGAAUUAUUCAAUUUUAUUCUAAGUAUUCAACGAGUCAAAAAAAGAUUUUUAGCUUACGGCAGGUUACGCGUAGAGCGUCUUUCUUUAAUUAAUUCCUUGAAAACUUUUGGUACUGAGUGUGAAAGAUUAGCAAAUGUGCUAGAAAUGUUUGUGCUGCAUGUAUACACAGUGGGUCUGUAUAUCAGACGUGAAUAGGAAAUAAUAUGUAGGAUAAUAAACACGAAUACCUAUUCACCUCUGUUUACAUCCAUUAUGAGAAAAGAUUUUAGUUUGUAUUAUUGAUCAAUAUCGCAUAAACUCGAAUUACUUUUAUAUUAAGAAAUCAAGUAUAACGGAGAUUUAAUCAUUAAUUUUACGCAUACUAAAGAAGAAGAAAAAGAAGCUAAACGGCGAGUGAAAACGAAUUAAAAUUUUUAUUUUUACUUUUCGAUUGUAACGGAAUUCGAGCGAUUGUCACGAAUAUAGUAUUAGAAAUUACUUUGAGCUAUUUAUAAAAGUUAGCCUUUUAUCUAUUACGUUCAAAGCUAUUAUGAUAUAAAGAUAGAUAUUUUUUUAAGUAAUUAUAAUUCUUAUUGAAAGUGUUUUUAAAAAGUUAGGAAAUGUAUAGUCUUGUUAACUCGUAGUAACAAUACAUAAGUCAUAUUUGCCAUGUAUCUUUAAUUGAUCAACAUUUGGUUGUUUUUGCUGUUAAACAACUAAUCAAUGAUUCCAAUACAAGAAAUGAAGUGUAUUUUCAUUUUUAAAUACACAGACAUUUUUACAUAGUUGAAAGUUUGAUAUUGAUAGCCAAUACGUGAUAUGAUGCAUGCUCUUUUGAAUAGUAAAAUGGUACAAAGAAUUGAUAUAAAUUUUCUAUUUAUUUAAAGAACUAAAAAGAAAUGCAAAAUAACAAAUCUUGAUUACUCAAAAUGUAAGAAAAAUAAAUCAUUGAUUCUUAGAUGCUAAUUGUAGAAUUUACUUUGUUUUAAUUCGUUUUUACGUGCUAGGAGUAGAAGCUCAUUCAUUAUAUAUAAGGUAUAUUGAUUGUAAUAAUUAUAUGCGUUAAAGCUAGUCUACAUCGAGGAAAGAAAUCAUGUCAACAUCAUUCAUUCAAGCCAUUGAUUUCUGACGAACUCUGCGCUAUCCGUGUUGGAGACAUUAUCAAAUUCUAUUAAAUUGUAAAAAGUAUGACUGAUAAUAAAAUCAUUGUUAUGAAUGUAUGAGAAAAUAAUGCAUUUAUGAAAA